UUGUAGUAGCCGGUUAUGGCGGCGAUGUGUGUUUGUCCAUGAGGUGGGGAGCGCGAGAUAUUCUCACGGACUGAGCGAGCAACGACUCACUAAACGCAGGUAUGGCUGGCGUGUUCGACAUCGAUCUGGAUCAGCCGGAAGAAACUGUCUCCGACGAUGAGCUCGAAGAUGCGCAAAUCAACGACUUCAUGGAGCAGUGCACUGGUUUUGAGUUUAAUAUGGACGACUGUGAAAAGAUUGAGAUUUCAGAAGACAACGUCAAUCAAGGAACAGAGAACAUUAGGCCGGAGUGUUUUGAGCUUCUGCGCGUGUUGGGGAAGGGAGGCUAUGGGAAGGUAUUUCAAGUUCGAAAAGUUGUUGGAGCAGCAUCGGGCAAAAUAUUUGCAAUGAAAGUUUUGAAGAAGGCCAUGAUCGUGCGCAACGCUAAAGACACGGCUCACACCAAGGCAGAGAGGAACAUCCUGGAGGAGGUGAAGCACCCCUUCAUCGUGGAUCUCAUCUACGCCUUCCAGACAGGGGGCAAGCUCUACCUCAUCCUGGAGUACCUCAGCGGUGGGGAACUGUUUAUGCAGUUGGAAAGAGAGGGUAUUUUCAUGGAAGACACCGCCUGUUUCUACCUGGCAGAGAUAUCCAUGGCACUGGGCCAUCUGCAUCAGAAAGGAAUCAUCUACAGAGACCUGAAACCAGAGAACAUCAUGCUCAACAACCAUGGUCACGUCAAACUGACCGACUUUGGCCUGUGCAAGGAGUCCAUUCACGACGGCACAGUCACACACACCUUCUGCGGCACCAUCGAAUACAUGGCUCCAGAGAUCCUCAUGAGGAGCGGCCACAACAGAGCAGUGGACUGGUGGAGCCUCGGGGCGCUCAUGUACGACAUGCUGACAGGAGCCCCCCCCUUCACUGGCGAGAACAGGAAGAAGACUAUCGAUAAGAUCUUGAAGUGCAAGUUAAACCUCCCUCCCUACCUCACACAAGAAGCCAGAGAUCUCCUCAAAAGGUUGCUGAAGAGAAACGCCUCGUCGCGACUGGGAGCGGGGGUAGAAGAUGCCACGGAGGUGCAGGCCCAUCCCUUUUUCAGACACAUCAACUGGGAGGAGCUUCUAGCCAGGAAGGUGGAGCCUCCUUUCAAGCCUUUCCUUCAAUCUGCCGAAGAUGUGAGUCAGUUUGAUUCUAAGUUCACGAGCCAGACGCCGGUCGACAGCCCUGACGACUCCACGCUCAGCGAGAGCGCCAACCAGGCCUUCCUGGGCUUCACGUACGUGGCUCCUUCGGUGCUGGAGCACGUCAAGGGGAGGUUCUCGUUGGAACCCAAAAUCCGCUCCCCCCGGCGGUUCCUGGGGAGCCCAAGAACUCCAGUCAGCCCCAUCAAGUUCUCAUCAGGGGACGGCUGGCCCCGGGGCCCCCUGCAUCCAGGCGCAGCGGCCCUCCAGUCCCCCCAGGAGCAGGCCAUGGAGGUGUCCACACCGGAGCAGAUGGACGUCGUGGCGACCGCCGAGGCCUCGGCCCCUCUGCCCAUCCGUCAGCCCGCCGGCGCCAACCAGGCCCAGUUCAAACAGCAGACCUUCCCAGUCAUGGCCAAGAGGCCUGAUCAUCUACGCAUGAACCUAUGACCGGUCGUCUUGAGGAAAUAGGUUGCUUUUGUUGUUUUUCUUUUCUUGAUAUUCUUCCAGUUUUAUUAUUUUUUUUUUUUCUC